CCUUAGAUUUUACAGCAUCUUUCUGCAGUUUUCAUACUACAGCAUCCUUGUCCAAAGAACUCGCCCUAUUAAAUCAACAUUUUUUUAUCAUUUUGAGAUCGUUAUAACCAUGAAUUGUUAACAAUACGGGUGGAUGUAAGUAUAAGACUGCAGCAAUGGGAAGUUACAUGAAAUUUGUGAAUCUUAAACUGUGUCUUUUCGGAUUAAUAGCAACGAGUUACGCCCAAGCAUCUGUCGUCCACAUCGAAGCCAAUCCUGAUGCGAAAAGAUUGUACGAUGAUCUAUUAAGUAACUAUAACCGCCUGAUUCGUCCGGUAGUGAAUAAUACUGAGACUCUAACGGUAUGGCUUGGGCUUAAGUUGUCUCAGCUGAUAGAAGUCAGUCUUCGUAAUCAGGUUAUGACAACUAAUCUUUGGGUAAAGCAAAAAUGGUUUGAUUACAAGUUGAAAUGGGAUCCGGAAGAAUACGGUGGCGUGGAAAUGUUGUACGUACCAUCGGAGCAAAUCUGGCUCCCUGACAUUGUAUUGUAUAAUAAUUGGGACGGAAACUACGAGGUGACUCUGAUGACUAAAGCCACCUUAAAGUACACCGGGGAAGUGUUCUGGGAGCCCCCGGCAAUCUAUAAAUCAUCUUGUGAAAUGAAUGUAGAAUACUUUCCAUAUGAUGAACAAACGUGCCUGAUGAAAUUUGGUUCAUGGACCUACAAUGGAGCUCAAGUGGAAUUGAGACAUUUAGAUCAGGUUCCUGGAAGUAAUCUGGUUCCAAUUGGUAUUGAUUUAAGUGAGUUCUACCUCUCUGUAGAAUGGGAUAUGUUGGAAAUACCUGCCAGUCGUAAUGAAGAAUACUACCCUUGCUGUCCUGAGCCUUUUUCUGAUAUCACGUUUAAAUUAACGAUGAGGCGAAAAACGUUAUUUUACACUGUGAAUUUGAUAAUUCCCUGUGUAGGAAUUACGUUUCUAACGGUUCUUGUGUUUUAUUUGCCUAGUGACUCCGGUGAAAAGGUAACACUGUGUAUCUCAAUUCUUGUGUCCCUGACAGUGUUCUUCCUGCUGCUGGCUGAGAUCAUUCCUCCAACAUCACUUGCAGUUCCUUUACUUGGAAAAUAUCUACUGUUCACGAUGAUUUUAGUAUCAUUAUCGGUUUGGACAACUGUUUGUGUUUUGAAUGUUUGGUACAGGAGUACCUCAACUCACAAGAUGUCACCUAUUGUAAAACGGUUAUUUUUGGAAAUCAUGCCGAAAAUUUUAAUGAUGAGACGUGCAAAAUAUACCUUACCUGACUAUGAUGAUUCUACUCCAAGUAACGGAUACACAAACGAAAUUGACAUGAGUAUCAGUGACUUUCCCGGCGAAUUUAAGGAGGGUGGUGACAGUUUUGAUAACAUCGGAAUGAAUCUUCCACAUGGUUCAGUCGAGCACGAUAAUAUUAUACCGAAGCAAAUGUCUCCGGAGCUACUUUCUGCGAUACAGGCUGUGCGAUUUAUUGCCCAACAUAUCAAGGACGCUGAUAAGGAUAAUGAGAUUGUCGAGGACUGGAAAUUCGUUUCAAUGGUUUUGGAUCGCUUUUUCCUAUGGGUGUUCACGUUUUCCUGCAUAUUUGGCACAUUCGGCAUCAUCUGUCAGAGCCCUUCGCUAUAUGAUACCCGUGCCCCCGUUGAUCAGCAGUUGAGUGAGAUUCCACUCCGGAAGAACAAUUUCAUGCUACCUCCCGAUAUCGUUCGAAUUACGUUGGAUUAAACAUCGGUGACAGCGCGUUGAAAGUCAUGCAACAGCCAGUAUUCAUCCAGAAGUAUUGUAUCAGUACAUAGUAAGUUUUAGAAUUUGUAAUCGAAAUGGAUAACGAAAUUUUCAUAAAUGUUAAGCAAUAAUUUAUACAUCUUGUAUAAAACUUAUGAAUAAACUUGUUCAAAUAAA